AUGGCCGAAAUCUCCGUCGUUGUAGGAAGCCGCAGUGCCCCAAAGCUGGAGGCAGCACGAAGAGGCUUCGAGCAGGUCACGGAUAAGCCUCUGCAGCUGUGCGGAGUCGAUGCCGACUCGGGCGUUUCUGCACAGCCGAGAGGGGUCGAGGAGACCCGGCGGGGCGCGCUGCAGCGAUUGCGCUCUGCAAGAGAGACGGCGGAAGGUGCGCGGGCUGACUUCUGCAUUGCUUUCGAGGGCGGCAUUGAGGAGGAUGCUGAUGGCCGCCAAGUCUGCUUUGCCAUUGUGUGCGCGCAGUUCCGUGAUGACGCUUUCAUCAGCGAGGUGCGCAGCGCAACACAUUCCCUUCCACCAGGAAUUGAGAAAUUGAUCGAUGAGGGCGUCGAGCUCGGCCUGGCAACCGACCAGUUCUUCGCGUCAAGGGUAGAGCAAGGAUAUGGCAAGCACACAGGUGGAACCAUCGGUGCGCUGACCUUCGGUGCAGUGGACAGGGUCGCAUACUAUGCGCAGCCCGCCGCUCUGUGCUUGGUGCCCUUCCUGAACGCUGGUGACUAUGGCAUCAGCCGUGAGAACCCACUUGCGCGCCCUGAUGCACAAGCUGCCCCACGAUAG